AUGUCAAAAACUCUCUCAAGAUCUUCAUCUCUUGGUGGUCUCUCAGAUAAUUCCUUCAAUUUGCAAGGUUUUGAAAGUGAACGUUUAGAGUUGGAUAAAUUAAUUGUUACAUACAAGGAUAAAAUUGAUGCCUAUGCACAAACAGGAAACUUUAGUGUGGAGAAUAUUCUUUCUUGUCCACUUGGAGUUUCGUAUUUUUACAAAUUUCUCUCAGAAGAAUUUAACAAGGAAAAUAUUCUUGCAUAUUAUGAAUUAAAAUCCUUGAUAGAUUACCUCUUAUAUUCCAAAAAGAAGAUGGACUGGGUCAUUGAUACUUCUGAUGUCUAUCGUGAUGAUAUUUCUGAUGUUUCGUCUAUUUCCUCAGCUAAUAGUUCCUUCAUUUCCAAUACAAAUUCAGAACAAUCCAUUAAAUACGUAAACACAACAAGUGUUGAUGAAAUUAGAGAAUGUUUCAAACGUAUUCAACAAUUCAAAAAGACCUAUUUCGAUGCCAGUUCAUUAUUCGAAAUUAACAUUUCCUCCACAAUGAAAAAGAAAGUAUUAGAAUCUAUUUCUUUCACCAAGGAAGUUCAAGAUUUUAUUUCUCACACUCAAAAAACCGACGACGAUUCAAUUAGUACAAAUUCUUGUUCACAAAUGAUUGAAGAAACACUCAACAAGAUGCAUUCGAAUCUUGAAAAGAUUCAAACUGUUUUGGAAGAAUUGAAAACUGACUUGUUACAUAAUUUGAGUGAUCCAUUCCAAAGAUUCAUGUCCUCUGAUGAAAUGUACGAAUGUAUGGCCUUGUUUUUAUCCUCCCAAGGAGAUGAUACUUAUCAUCGUGAAAGAGUUUUGAAUGCCAAUAAGGGAGAAGGUGUUGUUUUGAAUCAACCUGAAGGAUACUUGUCAAUUAUUGGAAAGACAAUGGGAGAUUUGCAAGUUGUUCACCCAAUUACAAAGAUUACACAAUUGUUGGAAAGUUUAUUGAAUGUCAUUCAAGCAGAUAUUAAAUAUUUCAGAAAGACAAGUUGUGAAUCCAAUGAAUCUGAAGCAGUUGUUGAAUUGAAUUUUGAUGAUUUGGGUAAAUCUGAAACUUGUUGUAACAAGUAUGAAAAAUUCCAACAUGAAACCUUUGAUUUGGCUCAUUGUGACUUGUCAUUGUUAAAGUCAGACGAAGAAAAGUUGACCUUCUUUAUCAAUGCUUACAAUUUGUUGCUUUUACACGCCUUGCUCGUUUCUGGUUCAAUGCCACAAGUUGAAGUUACUAAUAUUAUCUUUUACAGAAAGGUCAGAUACAAUUUGGGAGGUCAAGAAUAUUCCCUUCAAGACAUUUUCAAUGGUAUUUUACAAUGUAAUCAAAUGAAGUGUUUAAUCUAUGGUAAGGCAUUCAAGAAGAAUGAUGCUAGAAAGGCCAAUAUUCCAAAUAAGACCUUCCCUGAAGUUUACUUUGGUUUGAUUAACAUGACCAAGUAUUCACCAAAACUCAGAAUUUAUGAGCCAACCAGUUUGUUGGAUAAGUUGAAGGAGAAUACUAAGGAUUACUUUGAUCGUUAUGUUCAAGUAUUGCCAUCUGAUCAACAUCCAACUGAACUUUUGGAAAUUGCCCUUCCAAGUCAAUUGAAAGAACACAAGUGUGAAUUGAAGAACUUUUGGAAGAGUGAUGUUACAACUGUUAUCAAGACUGUCAAUAACUUGUCAACUGCUUCAUUCAACUCUAGCGCACAAUCAUUGACCUCAUUGGAAUCCAGACAAUCAAUCGAUUCUUCAUCCUUGUCAGAUGUUUCCACCUCACGAUCCAUCACUUCAGCAGAAGCUGACAUUCGUAAGAAUGUUUUGGACUAUUUGAUGGAAACUUAUCAUCCUGAACUUGCUGGAGGUAAACACGAAAUUGUUAACAAGACCAAAUACACCUACAAGAAAUACGACGUUAAUCCACCUAACUGGUUCACUGUUUUCAAUGAAGAAUUCCAACAAUCAAUCAUUAACGAAUUCCAAGUUCAAAUUCCAGCUGCUGGUGAACUUUUACUUCCAAAGAAAGCAAAAGAAAACAAUUGUCCAAUUGCUGCUCUAUUCUCCAAAUUCUCUAGAACUGCUCAUUUGUGUGAGAAUGCCAAUAAGGUCAUUACUAAGGAAGUUUCUCCAAAAUCCUCAGAAGAUUCCUCUCCAACCAAAAAGAAACUCUUUGGUAGAGGAAGAGCUUCUGCUAUUUGGAAUAAGAAAACUUUCAAGAAGAAGGAAGUUAGUAUUGUUGACUUUUUACUUGGAAGAAAGAAGGAGAAAGUUGUUACACCUAAGGAAAAGAAGAAUAAGCAUUGUAUUAUUGCUUAA